UUUAGGCUCCUCCCCCUUUCUUUUGGUGACACGUGGAUUUGCGAACGUCACGCCAUGAAGGAGUGUAACGGAUCCGGUGAGCCCCCGGUACCCCCCGGGGUGGUCCGCUCCCGCCUGCUCGCCCUCUUCGUCCGGGACAACGCUCUGAUGCUGCUGACCGUGGCCGGGGUGCUGCUGGGGGCGGCUCUGGGGAUGGGGCUCCGUCCGCUGAACAUGUCCCCGGUACAGAUCGUUCACUUCUCCUUCCCGGGAGAACUUCUCAUCCGCCUGCUGAAGAUGAUCAUCCUCCCGCUGGUGGUGUGCAGCCUGGUGUCCGGGGCCGCCUCCCUCCAGCCCUCCGCCUUGGGGCGCCUCGGAGGAUGGGCGAUGCUCUUCUUCCUCGUCACCACCCUGCUGGCCUCCGCCCUGGGGGUCUGCCUGGCCCUGCUCAUCCGGCCCGGGGAAGGGGCCACCAACGAGCUGGAGGGGGAGGAGGUGGAGGCCAAGGAGGUGGUGGACUCCUUCCUGGACCUCAUCCGGAACAUCUUCCCCUCUAACCUGGUCUCCGCGUGCUUCCAGUCGGUGAGUGUCAUCCGGCCCCUCAGGUACGCCCCGGUGGGUAUCAUGUUCCUGGUGGCCGGGAAGAUUGUGGAGAUGGAAGACGUGAUGGGACUUUUCGCCAAGCUGGGGAAGUACAUUUGCUGCUGCAUUGUGGGACACGCCAUCCACGGGCUCAUCGUCCUGCCGCUCAUCUACUUUGCCGUCACGCGGAAGAACCCGUACCGCUUCCUGUGGGGCAUCAUCAGCGCUCUGGCCACGGCGUUCGGGACGUCCUCCAGCUCUGCCACGCUGCCCCUGAUGAUGAAAUGCGUCGAGGAGAAGAACGGCGUGUCGAAGCAGAUCAGCAGGUUCAUCCUCCCGAUUGGCGCUACGGUGAACAUGGACGGCGCGGCUUUGUUCCAGUGCGUGGCGGCCGUCUUUAUCGCGCAGCUUAAUAACCGCCAUCUGGACUUCAUCUCCAUCAUCACCAUCCUAGUCACAGCCACGGCGUCCAGCGUGGGGGCGGCUGGGAUCCCGGCCGGGGGGGUGCUGACCCUGGCGAUCAUCCUGGAGGCCGUGGGGCUUCCAACCAACGACAUCUCCCUCAUCCUGGCUGUGGAUUGGCUGGUUACCGCACGUUGCUCGCCUCCAAAACCUUGAUGACGUGAACCAUGGUGGCCCUCAGAGCGCGGAGACAGCACGGCGGGGUCCAGCGGCCUUCGUACAGGUAC